AUGGAAGACAUUUAUGUGGCAAACACUAUCUUUGCCAUCAAUUUCUUCAAGCAACUGGCAAAUACGAGCCCUACCCAGAACCUGUUUUUCUCCCCGUGGGGCAUCUCAUCGACCAUGGUCAUGGUCUACAUGGGUGCCAGAGGCAACACUGCAGACCAGAUGGCCAGGGUGCUUCAGUUUAACAAAACUGGAGUCCAUGAAGCCGCCCCAGUGAGCCCAGAGAAUGUCACCGGUUGUCAAUUCACGCAGCAGAUCCAGACAGUCACUUACCCUGAUGCUAUUUUGAAGGCUCAGGCUGAAGACGCAAUCCAUUCAGGCUUCCAUGAGCUCAUCUCCGCCGUCAACACACCCACCGCAGGUUACACAUUGGAAAGUGCCAACAAGCUGUUUGGCGAGAAGUCUGCGAGAUUCAGGAAAGAAUUCAUGCAACUCUCUAAGAAAUAUUACUCUGCAGAACCCCAGGAAGUCGACUUUCUAGAAUGUGCAGAAGGAGCCAGAAAAAAGAUUAAUUUCUGGGUCGAGACAGAAACCAAAGGUAAAAUUUCAAACUUGUUACCUGAAGGUUCUGUAGAUUCAGAGACCAGGAUGGUCCUGGUGAAUGCUGUUUACUUCAAAGGAAAAUGGAAAACAUCAUUUGAGAAGAAAUUAAAUGGGCUUUAUCCUUUUCGAGUGAACACGACUCUGAGUAAACCUGUACAGAUGAUGUACUUGCGUGAGAUGCUGAACAUUGGAUACAUAGAAGACCUAAAGGCUCAGAUUCUAGAACUCCCAUAUGCUGGAGAUGUCAGCAUGUUCCUGUUGCUUCCAGAUGCAGUUGCAAAUGUGUCUACUGGCUUGGAGUUGCUAGAACGUGAAAUAACGUAUGACAAACUCAACACGUGGAUCGGCAAAGACACGAUGGGUGAGGAUGAUGUGGAGGUGUACCUCCCGCAGUUCAGAUUAGAAGAGCACUAUGAACUCAAACCCAUUCUCAGAAGCAUGGGCAUGAAAGAUGCCUUCCUCAAGGGCCAGGCCAAUUUCUUAGGAAUGUCAGAGGAAGACAACCUCUUUCUGUCCGAAGUGUUUCAUCAAGCCACCGUGGAUGUCAACGAGGAGGGCACCGAAGCAACUGCUGGCACCGGGGCCAUCGUCACCGGGAGAACUGGCCACGGAGGCCCACAGUUUGUGGCAGAUCACCCUUUCCUCUUCUUUAUAAUGCACAAAACCGCCAGGACCAUCCUCUUCUUUGGCAGAUUUGUCUCACCGUAA